ACAACCGCACGCACUUGAAUCAUGAUGACUUAAAUACCGAAAACCCCAUACUGCCCCUCCCUCUCUCUCUCUCAGAACCUUCUUCCUCAACCAUUAAUGGAUGUCCUCUGGGCUAUUCUACUCCCUGUCUUUGCCCUCUGCUUCCUCAGCAGUGCCCUUUUGAGAUGGAAUGAGUUGAGGUUCAGGAAGAAAGGGCUGCCUCCAGGGACCAUGGGUUGGCCACUUUUUGGUGAAACCACUGGUUUCUUGAAACAAGGCCCCAUCUUCAUGAAGAACCAGAGGGCCAGAUAUGGGAGUUUCUUUAAAUCACACAUUCUGGGCUGCCCAACGAUUGUUUCAAUGGAUCCAGAGGUGAACAGAUACAUACUUGUGAAUGAGGCAAAAGGUCUGGUUCCGGGCUACCCGCAAUCCAUGCUGGACAUUCUGGGCAAAUGCAAUAUUGCUGCAGUUCAUGGCUCUGCUCAUAAACACAUGAGAGGGGCAUUAUUGUCACUCAUCAGCCCUUCCAUGAUCAAAUCCCACCUUUUGCCUAAAAUUGAUGAUCUCAUGAGAUCCCAUGUUAGCCCCUCUUGGGAUGGCAAAGUGAUUGACAUUCAAGAAAAGACUAACAAGAUGGCAUUUUUAUCAUCAUUGAAGCAAAUUGCUGGCAUUGAAUCUACCUCCAUAGCAGAAGAGUUCAUGCCAGACUUCUUUAAGCUUGUACUCGGGACACUUUCGCUUCCAAUCAACCUCCCUAACACAAACUACCAGCAUGGGUUGCAGGCAAGAAAGAACAUUGUCAGGCUACUGAGAAAACUCAUAGAGCAGAGAAGAGAGUGUGGGGAAAAACAUGAAGACAUGCUUGGAUUCUUGAUGAAUGAAGAACAGAAUCGAUACAUGCUAAACGACGAUGAGAUGAUUGAUUUAAUCAUCACACUUUUGUACUCUGGGUAUGAAACUGUUUCCACUACCUCCAUGAUGGCUGUCAAGUAUCUCAGUGAUCACCCUAAUGUUCUUGAUGAGCUAAGAAAAGAACAUAUUGCCAUAAGAGAAAAGAAAGCACCUAAUGAUCCGAUUGACUACAACGACUUCAAAUCAAUGCGGUUCACUCGUGCUGUGAUCUUUGAGACAUCAAGAUUAGCCACAAUAGUAAAUGGAGUCCUGAGGAAAACCACUAAAGAUAUUGAACUUAAUGGUUAUGUCAUUCCCAAAGGAUGGAGGAUAUACGUGUACACAAGAGAGGUCAAUUAUGAUCCUGGACUAUAUCCUGAUCCAUAUACUUUCAAUCCAUGGAGAUGGCUGGUCAGUAAUUUUCCCUGAUUUACCAACCUUAUUGUUUUUUUUACAAAUGUAAAGGGUUUUACUAAAUAAACAAAAAAAUAAAUGCAGGAUAAAAGCACAGACAACCAAAAUCAUUUCUUGAUGUUUGGAGGGGGGGACUAGGCAGUGUCCUGGGAAAGAGCUUGGGAUAGCUGAAAUCUCAACAUUUCUCCACUAUUUUGUAACUAGAUACAGGUAAAUACACAUACUAUCUCACUUUCAAAGUUUCAAUGAGAUUAAUACUAGCAGACACUUAUUAAAUGUGACAUUAUCAGGUUUAUUUUGUGAAACAAAGUUAGACAUGUGAUCAUUAGCCAUUGAAUGUGUACAAUAAGAGUAUCUACCUAAUAGAAUAUUCAUAUUUUUUUUUGCAAGGAAGAAUAUUCUUAUUUAACAUUAUUGAAGUAUUUGUCCCAUAUCUUUUAUACAUAAAAGAAUAAACCAAUCAUAUUUUGAAUCACUCCUAUCGGAUUAAUUAGGCCGGAAAUAAGUUUAAUAUGAGAUGAGUCUAGUUCGAUUGUAGUUUUGCCUUUUUGUUUGUUUGGGUAGUUUAGAAUUCAUUUUUUCCAUUUCUCCACUUCAACUUGUAGUCAUGUCAUGUUUUUGCUUGUGGGACAUGUUGAACUAUUUACCUAGUUAAAUAGUAGUACUCCGUAUAAAGUUAUAAAGUACUUGUUAUAACUGACAUGUAAAAUUUUGGCUGUCUUAUCAAAACAUCAUCUCAAAGCUAGAUAAUAAGGCAUUAACUGCAAAUAAUUGUUUCAUAUGGUGGAUGGAAUAUUGUUAAUUUCAGGGUUUAUUUGGGAUACUGUUCAGUUUCUGAUUCUAAUUCUUGUACUGAAUUUGGAAUGCAGAUGGGAAGAAGUAGGAGGGGAUAAAUUGAUGAAAUUUCCGAGAGUUGAAGCACCAAAUGGACUACAUAUCAGAGUUUCAUCCUACUAACUAACCAAUUCAUAAUGGGUUGGAGAUUAUUAUAUUGUACAUAAGGAGAAAGGACGCAGAAUGUGAUUGUGAAUAUGAGCAAAGAUGUAAAUCGUCCUCUAACACGUAGAAAGUAGUCUAUGUACCCUAUUUUUUGCAGGAUGUAUAAAUAGGCAUGUUUCCCAUUUUAAUAGACUCCAUUUCAGACCGUGCAAGUAGCCAAAUAUUGGGUGUUGAUUGAUUAUAAAGAGGUAGAUUCUAUGGUACUAAUAAUGUACCUUACUUUUGUCCACAUGGACUAAUGAGAAUGUAGUAGUUGAAUUAUUUAAAUCUAAAUUAAAAAUGAUAAAGUGAUGUGGUCCAAUCAAAUGAAUGAUAGGUACGGUACCCUAUUUUUUUAAAGGGUACCGGUGUUGUCACCAAAUAAAGAAGGG